GUUCAGCAAUGGGCCAGCUCCAAUGACAAAUACAAUAUUAAUAUUCAUUAACUGCUUUGACAAUGCUAAUUUUGAUGCAGUAGUAAAGGGCCUUCCAAAGUUAGCGGCCAAAGCAUCAGAGCUGAGCAAGGUGGCAAGAUAAUUUGUGCUGCUUUGCUGAGCUGAAGGCUUUUAAAGUCUUAAGCAGGAGGGGGGAGAAAAAAAAGGCUAGGUACCACAAACAAAAUAAAAGAGAAAAGGGAAAAAGUUCAGACGCAUUGGAAACCAGGACUGUGGAAGUAAUACGAUCAAGCGACGGCUACGAAAAUUUGACACCUCCGAUGCCGCAUCUUUGAACAAAUCUUUUUUUUUAUUUUUUAUUUUUUUUUAUUUUAACAAAAACUCGCAACAAAGGGGGAGCACAACAUGUCUAAUAAGGUUCCAGUGGUACAGCACCCUCACCAUGUGCACCCUCUCACGCCUCUGAUCACCUACAGCAAUGAGCACUUCACACCGGGGAACCCCCCACCUCACCUACAGACAGACGUGGAUCCCAAAACAGGAAUCCCGAGGCCUCCGCAUCCUCCAGAUAUAUCUCCUUAUUACCCGCUGUCCCCCGGCGCCGUCGGCCAGAUCCCCCACCCGCUAGGAUGGCUAGUACCGCAGCAAGGUCAACCUGUUUAUCCAAUCACAACAGGGGGUUUCAGACACCCUUACCCAACUGCGCUCACUGUCAACGCAUCCAUGUCAAGUUUUCUGUCCUCCAGGUUUUCCCCACACAUGGUGCCCCCCCACCACAGUUUGCACACCACGGGCAUCCCGCACCCGGCCAUCGUCACGCCCAACGUCAAGCAGGAAUCCUCCCACAGCGACAUCUCUCUCAACAGCUCGAAACAGUCGGACGCCAAAAAGGAAGAGGAGAAGAAGAAACAGGUGCACAUAAAGAAGCCCCUGAACGCCUUCAUGCUCUACAUGAAGGAGAUGCGGGCCAAGGUGGUGGCUGAGUGCACGCUGAAGGAAAGCGCCGCCAUCAACCAGAUCCUGGGCCGGCGGUGGCACGCCCUAUCGCGGGAGGAGCAGGCCAAGUACUACGAGCUCGCCAGGAAAGAGCGACAGCUCCACAUGCAGCUGUACCCGGGCUGGUCAGCACGAGACAACUAUGCGGCUAACCAACAGGGGAAAAGGAAGAAGAGAAAAAGGGAAAAGCAGCAAGCAGAGAGCAAUGAACACAGAGAAUAUUUUCCAAACCCUUGCCUUUCACUCCCUCCGAUUACAGACCUGAGCGCUCCUAAGAAGUGUCGAGCGCGCUUUGGGCUCGAUCAACAGAAUAACUGGUGUGGCCCGUGCAGGAGAAAAAAAAAGUGCAUUCGCUACAUCCAAGGUGAAGGCAGCUGUGCCAGUCCUCCCUCUACGGACGGAAGCUUACUAGACUCCCCCCCCUCCUCCCCCUCCUCCUCAGUGGUUCCCUCCCCCUCCCCAAAAGAGUCCAAACCUCAGACUGAACAAAUGCAACCUCUCUCACUGACUAUGAAACCGGCCCAGCAGCCACUCCACCACCCGCACCUCCGGGCUGGGCCUCCACCGCCAUCUUUGGUUCAGCUGGAAAACUCUGCUGCUGCAGCAGCCAGGAAAACGCCCGGCGGCUCCUCCCACAACUCCUCCCACAACGGAGCGCCGGGGCACGGCGACGUCUCGUCCUCGCGGCAGCCGGGCUCUUCCGCGGCGUCCUCGGUGGCCCGGCCCUCGGCGUCGCUGCGUCACUCCCACUCGCUCCUCUCCUCCGCGGCCCCUCAGCCUCUGUCGCUAGUGACCAAGUCUAUAGAAUAGUCGGUUCUUCUCCCCUCUUUUCUGUCUCUGCACACACACACACACACGCAGACACACACACACACACACACACACACUGAGCUUUCUAGGCCGUCUCUCUGAUAUCUCUCACUUGCUGUCGGUUCAUUUCUCUUUACGUUUCCGCGCCACGAGGCUUUGAAAUUUUAAGUUUUUGUUUUAUUAAAGUUCAUUGGUCAAUAUUUGAUCAUUAUCAAACUAAAAAAAAGUCAAAUUAUUAUAAGUAAAUGAUACAAUGAGCUGUAGUAUAGCUUUGUGAAUCUGCCAAAAUUUUUAUGUUUUUGUUUUGUCCUUUUUUUUGUAGCGUUAAACAGAACAAUGAUCUAGUUCCACUUCGACGUGUUGUAUAAAAAGGUAGGCUAGAUUAUUCAACGAGCCCUUUUCUUCAAAGAGUUGGUUCUCCUUCUUUAUUUGUAUUAAAUACGAGCUUGCGAACCAAUCAUUUGACACCCGUUCAAACUGCAGGAGGGCACGAGGCGAGCAGCGACGCCUCUCUGAGGAACAACUCUAAUUGUGAUGUUACUUGUUCUUGUUUAAAUGUACAGAAUAAUGGGGAGGGGGGAUUACUGUGUU